AGUCCGUCCGCGCGGUUCCCGGGGCUGGGGCUGGGGGUGGGGGUGGGAGCUGGGGGCGGCCGGAGCCUCCUGGGCUCUGGGACUCCGGGCUGCAGAUAAACUGGGAUCUCGGAGGCAUCCACGGAGGAGUUCAGACCUGGUGAGGAGGGGCCACUGAGUUUGCAGCCGACAUCCUGGAGCCGAGAUGUUCAGCUUUAUUAGGUGCGACUUACAGGUGUGACUUCGGCUUCUAAAGCCUCAGUUUUGUCAUCUGUAGAAUGGACAGAACCAAAGCUACUUCGAAGGACUGUUAAGACGAUUAAAUGAAGCAAUGCUUGUAAAGCUUUUUGCACAAGGGAGCCCUGGAGGCGGGACCUGGCAGGCAAAGCAUGCCUGGGAUCACGCAGAACUAUGGGCAGCAUGAAGACCCCCGUGGAGCUGGCGGUCAGUGGGAUACAGACCCUCCCCCUUCAGCACCGUUGCCGGGGCAGCCACCGGGUCAAGGCCAGGGCGUCAUACGUGGAUGAGUCUUUGUUUGGCAGCCCUGCGGGUACCCGGCCCACACCACCAGACUUUGACCCACCCUGGGUGGAGAAGGCCAACAGAACCAGUGGAGUGGGCACAGGGACAUCACGGGCGUCAGGGGCCAACGGGAGCUGUGAGACCACCUCCUCCAGCGGCAGCACCCCAACCCUUACACCAAGGAAGAAGAACAAAUACAGACUGAUCAGCCACACUCCUUCAUACUGUGAUGAGUCGCUCUUUGGCUCCCGACCUGAGGGCACCAACUGGGAAGGACCAUGGAUGGCAAAGGGGGAUGCUGCCAAACUCCAUUCCCUCUUCUGGACACCCCCAGCCACCCCUAGGGGCAGCCACUCACCCCGCCCCAGGGAAACCCCGCUGCGAGCCAUUCACCCAGCUGGUCCCUCGAAGACAGAGCCCAAGGUGGCAGCAGACUCCCAGAAGUUGUCCACGGAUGGGUUAGACUCUCCACACCCUCUGAGGCGGGAACGUUCCCAUUCCCUCACACACCUGAAUGUCCCCAGAACUGGUCGCCCACCCACUAGUGGCCCCCACACCAACGGGCCUCGGGAUCCCAGGCCUUCCCCAUCGGGGGUGACCCUCCAGAGUCCCCUAGUGACACCCAGGGCUCGCUCGGUUCGUAUUUCAGUGCCAGCCACCCCCCAGCGAGGUGGGGCCACCCAGAAACCAAAGCCCCCUUGGAAAUGAGUUUCUUGGCCGUCCCAUCAGGCUUUCCCAUGCGGUCACGGCAAGGGGCCCAGUUUCGAAGGAGGGCAGACGGGAGUCUCCUAGGUGACCAUGAGGCAUUGGAGAAGCACUCAUGGGGGCAGACAUAGCGAGAGUGGGCAGUGCCUCUCUUUAUGCUGACAACUGCCAGUUUCUUCCUUUUACCCCAUCAUGGGGUUUUGACGGCUGCCCCCUGAGAUGCCUGUUCCAGUCUUGCUAGAGCCAUAGGCCGUAGAAGUGCCAACCCAGGGGUGCCCCUGGGAGGGGCCCACCACUCCCCCAUCACUUCCACAUCGUCUUGCUGCCAAGUGUGAAUAAAUGGCACGAUCGCCAACCUGAAGGGUCCCUUAUUCCUUCAAGCCAAGCUUCCUGCUCAGGAUGAGUUUCCAGCUGAGUCUGGAGUUUUCCCAGGCACAGUGAAUGGACCAUGGGGAACAGGAUCUGGGUGAUGCGUAGGUGGACAUGUUUUUAUUUUAACAAUCAUGUAUUUAUUUUCACAUAUUAAAAAUAUAUCAGUACCUCAUCAAA